GAGCGCGAGCCCCGCCUGCAGGGGGAUUAGCACGCGCUAAACCUCAGAUCCGCGCGCUCUGUCAGGUAACGCCGCAAACACCAUCCACGACUAACCUAACAGCACAAACAAGGAUAAAUAAAGGUAUUGGGUUGGUGUAAUUUGGUUUUUGUGAUAGCAGGCGAGAGGUCGGUGUAUGGACUUUCAAGUUUCUACGCUGUGAACUGUCAAGUGAUCUAUCGUUUAGUAAAUUUCAUAGUAAAUCUGCGCGGUGGGUCGCAUCUUUUGGAGAGGACGAUGCUCAUCAUAUUUGAGAGUGACGGGAGCGCGCGAGUCAGCUUCGCUCGCGGGGAAUGACGCUUCAGACUUUGACCAAGUGUUAUCAAGUUAAUUAUUACCUGAUGGACUAAAUGAAGAAUGCCGCACGUUUGGGAGUUCAUUCUGAUUCUCAACGUUAAUGUCAUCUUUGUAGAAGCACAGCCAGUGUCAUCAAAGCUACACGAUGGUUGGUGGGCAUACAAAGAUCUUGUCCAAGGGAGUUUUAUACCAGUGCCAUCUUUCUGGGGAUUAGUUAACACUGCCUGGAACCUGUGUGCGAUUGGGAAGAGACAGUCGCCUGUCAACAUUGAAACCAGUCGAAUGAUUUUUGACCCCUUCCUCAACCCACUACGACUCAAUGCAGGGCAACGUAAGGUCAGUGGAACGAUGUAUAACACGGGCCGACAUGUUUCACUGCGCCCAGACAAGUCACACCUGGUGAACAUCUCUGGCGGGCCACUGAGCUACAGCUACAGGUUGGAGGAGAUCCGGCUUCACUUUGGCAGUGAGGACAGCCAGGGCUCAGAGCACCUGCUCAACGGCCAGGCUUUUCCUGGAGAGGUGCAACUCAUCCAUUAUAAUCAGGAUUUGUAUUUAAAUUACAGUGAUGCCGCCAGGAGUCCUAAUGGAAUUGCAGUUGUUUCUAUCUUCAUGAAGAUUUCAGAGCCUACAAAUGUGUUUCUAAACCGUAUGCUGAGCAGAGAAACCAUUACAAGGAUUACAUAUAAACAUGAUGCGUACUUACUGAUGGGCCUCGAUAUUGAGGAGCUGUAUCCCGAAACCUCCCGUUUUAUCACAUAUGAAGGGUCGAUAACUAUUCCACCGUGCCUUGAGACAGCCACCUGGAUAUUAAUGAAUAGGCCGAUUUACAUCUCACAGAUAGAGAUGCAGUCUCUUCGUCUCCUCAGUCAAAACCAGCCGUCUCAGAUCUUCCUCAGUAUGGGUGACAACAUGCGGCCGACCCAGCCACUGCACCAACGCUGCAUCCGCACCAACAUCAACUUCAGUCAGAGACGGGACUGUCCUAACAACCGUGUGCUGAGGCCGCAAUACAGAGUGAAUGAAUGGCUUCUGAAAUAAAGGCUUGCUGGGGUUUAGUUACUUCAGAAAUGUGACCACUGGACAGAGGAAGAUGGUAUACAUUCUGCGGGAUGAAGCUUGUCAGUGAGACAGGACUCUUCAGUAAAAAUCUAAAUCAAAUUACUUUUCUACUUGUUUACAUUGAAAGCAAUUGCUUUAACCAUUCAAUCAGACAGGACUGGUUUUCAGUGACACUGUGUCUUCGGGAACUCUCGAGGAACCGUCUCCUCUCGUUGUUUGCAUCCAAACAGCAGGUUGUUGCAGCAAAUGAAAAAAAUACCUUGAGACUUUGAGACUUUACUUUGACAUCAGGCAAACAAAAGGAUUUCAAGCCUAUACCUUGGUCUAUUUGGAGCAUGUUGCCUUCUCUACGUAAGUGUUUACAGUGCUACAUGAAUUGAGUGAUAUCUGCCCAAUAAAUCUUUGAAGUGGUCGUGACUCGUGGUGAAUGUUUCUCUUUAGUUUUUUAAUGAGGUUUUUGAAUCUGCCAUAACACUGAGCUGCAAAGUUGAUUUUAAUGGAUUGGCAAUCAAAAUAAUGCAUAAUUGAGUCUGUUGACUAAUAUAUGUUGACAUGGUGCUCAGAAGGGUAAUGGAUUUAAUGAAUAUUUAGGGUGAUGAAUGUGCAAUAAAGUAUGUAACAGACCAAUCUCUUCAGAUUUAGUAAUAAAAACUGUCCUAUUUUGUUGGAUUUAAUGAAAUGAGCAUUAUAGCGCAU